CGGGGAACCGGGAGCAUCGGGGAAGCGGGAACAGUGGGGAGGAGCAGCACCGGGGAAACGGGAGCAUCGGGGAACCGGGCAACUGGGAAGACUGGGAGCCGCAGCACCGUGGAAACGGGAAGCCAGAGAACCGGGAACACCGGGGAAAUAGGGAGCUGCGGCACCGGGGAAACGUGAAACCGGGAGCAUCAAGGAAUCGGGAGCAAUGGGGAAGCGCAGCACCGGACAACCGGGAGCACUGGGAGCCGCAGUACCGGGGAAAAGGGAAACCGGGGAACUGGGAAGCCGUGGGCAUCAGGAAACCGUGUUGACUUCAAGAUGAAGACCAUCGAGGUGGAUGGGAUCAAAGUGCGGAUACAGAUCUGGGACACAGCUGGCCAGGAGCGGUACCAGACCAUCACCAAGCAGUACUACCGACGGGCACAGGGCAUUUUCCUGGUGUACGACAUCAGCAGCGAGCGCUCCUACCAGCACAUCGUGAAGUGGGCCAGUGACGUGGAUGAGUACGCACCUGAUGGCGUCCAGAAAAUCCUCAUCGGGAACAAGGCGGACGAGGAGCACAAGAGGCAAGUGCCCAAAGAGCAAGGGCUGCAGCUGGCCAGGGAAUACGGGAUGGAUUUCUACGAGACCAGUGCCUGCAGCAACCUCAACAUCAAGGAGUCCUUCACGCGGCUGACGGAACUGGUGCUGCAGGCACACCGCAAGGAGCUGGAUGAGCUGCGGGGGCCACCCCGUGCCCCCACCCUGGCCCGGCUGGAGGAGGACGAGCAGCAGCCCCUGGGGAGCGAGGACACCCCCAAAACCUGCUGGUGUUGAAGGCUGGGACAUCCCUGACCCCUCCUCCCCAGGCUUUGUCGGGGGGCUUGGUAGGGGCAGGAUUGGGGCAGCCCCCAAGGAGUGGGGGGCAACACGGGACACCCUCAGGAACGGGGGGGAGAUGGGAAGGUGGCAAGGGGGGCCCCCCCAUCCUGGCACCUGUGCCCCCCUCAGUUUGUGGGUGGGGUGAGGGCUGUCCAGGCGCUGUGUGCCCACCCUGCGCCACCCCGUGGGACCCCCGGUUUUACACAGUGGUUUGCAGAAUAAAGGUGAUGCUGGAGGGGCUGGUGGUCCGU